CAAUUUUGAGGCAGGCCUGGCUAACAUGAGAUUCUACUAUCAUCCUUACCUCCCUUCUCCUACUCCCAAUCCCUUGCUCUUCUCCUCUCUUUCGCUCUCCAUACCUCCAAGCCUAGUUACCCUAAACAGCAAAGGUUGCUAAUGCAUAUUUGUUACAGCUUGCCAACACCUUUACUGUCACUGGCAUUUGUUAAUUUCUGAAUCAGGCCUCUCUCUCCGUCUCUCUCGCUCUCUCUCUCACACUAAGCAGCACCAAAUACAAUCUUGACAACUUUUGUAGUGCUGUGUGUAGUGUAGCCACACGUUUGCCCCUUCUGAAGUUGAACACGCAGUUCAUUUCCUUUCCUAGCUCCUCCGUUGGUAGCUUAGCCAUGUCAAGUCACGUUGUCAACAUCAACAUGGAUACAUGGAGCAGAACAUAGUGGGUCAUAUGUCCGAUACUUUUUGGAAACGUUUUCUUCAUAAAACGUGCCAGACAGAUUUUGUAUACAUUUUAUUCCUUAGUAUUAGCUACAUGGGUAUGCCGUCUUUCAGAACCAUUCAUUAACUGCACUAAAGAGAGAAAAACAAGUGCAUCCUUCUGAAAAUGCACUUCCGAAUGCAUCUCUGUCCCCAGCACAUUUAAAACCAAACUGCCCAUGCAUUUAGAUCUAAUGGGGAACAUUUCGGAACAUUGAGACGUCGGCAUAAUGAGGCGUUGGAAUUACGGAAUGGGGCCGGGGCCAACGUCAUCUAGCUGGCUUAUUACAUAGGUAACACAUAGCUAAUGAUGCUGCUCGCUAGAGAAGCGACAACAACCCACGAAAUUUGAGAGACUAUCAAAAGCUUCAUAACUUACGUGUGUUUUCGAUCGUAACACGCCACUCAUUUGCUGUUGUUGAUGUUUUUGAUUCCGUGGUCAUGUAAAAAAGACGGUUGAUGACCAAUGCAAUCGAGUGACAAGUCACCGUCACCGAGCCGCACGUGCAGGGACGAAUCAAAUCAUGGACCUAUCCCAUUGGCUAGCUAGCCCGAACUGCCAUAUUCUCAUUGGCUGUAAGAGCUGUAGAUGGUGUCGGAUUGAGUUAUUUAGGGUGUGCGGCGCGCACUAUGUGCAGAGAUGCGUUCAGGGAACGGAGUGUACUUCAGGGAAAACCUAAGUUUUCUGCCCAUAUAAAUAUUGAAUUGCUAUAUCCCUAUUCCCAGCGAUUUAUUGGGGGGGACAUUUUGGGCAUAUCUGAACAUUGGGGGGGACUUGUACCCCCCAAUGUAUAUCGCCGCUACGCCUAUGAGGCCAGGUGUGAGCAGUUGAGUGGCAGGCAAAGCACAGAGACAGACAGGGGGUGUGGCCAACACAGGGGGAGAAUACACAGCACCACAACAGUGGCCAUGACAGUGGAGCCCCUAUGAACCUGCACAUAUUUAUGUCAGCCUAAAGGUACGGCCACACCAAAUGCGUUACUCGCGUUUGGGGCGUCGAAAAUCUGCGCGUAGACGCGUUACACGCGUUGAAGCAUCGCGUUAGGGGCGUUAGACGCGGCAGACGCACGUAAUUACGCACGUAAACGCAGUAACCCGGAGUUCAAUUUUUUUUACUUUCAACGCUCCAACGCGGGAUGCUUAGCAGCGAUAGCCAAUCAGCGUGGAGCUUGACCCGACGUCACUGGCAGAGAGUAGUGACGCUUGCACAGAAGCAUAUGGCGGACAUCUUUCUUUAUUCUGGGUGGAAAUAGUAACAUAGUUACGCCAUUAAAUGCGUUUAUGUAAACAUUUUUAGCGAGAAAUGUGCAUUUUACUUUCAUAAUGUUCGCUCUGUGAAUGUGGGGAUGUUUGGUUUGAUAGUUAUGAAGAAGAGGGAACGCUCCGUUCACUUGCAUGGACAGUCUCUGGUUGCUAAGCAACCUCAACGUCUUGGCGGACUUUAUCUCUGCUGAUCAACACUACGAAUGCUGGAAACACACCAGACACACCAUGUGAAGUUAUUUAACCAGAUUAUUGUAAUUUAUAUCCGAGAUUAUUUAAUCUUACCCGAUCUAAGCUCUAUCAUGCACCCAAACACGGCAGCGGUGUUUGGGUUUAAAUCCAGCGCAGCCACAGGCGCGUUAGGCGAGUUGAACCAUUUUUGUGACACACAAGUUAGGCGCGUUACACACGUUAUCAAACGCGACUAACGCGUUUGGUGUGGCCUACCAUUAUGCUACCUCUUUUUUACCCGAUUGCGUGUGAUGCCUGUCUGAGGUGGUUUCCCACAGGGUGGGCGAUGGGCCGUAGCGAUGUGCAAAGCCCUGAGCAAAUCAUUGUCAUUAAUGUAGAAGAAAAAGCAAUGUAGACAACGGCGGCCGCCCAUUGGCUCGGAGUCUACACUUGUCUAAACUUGCCGGCCGCUCAUUGGCCAGGAGUCUACACUCUCCUCCGAAGUUUAGACAAUGGCGGCCUCCCAUUGGCGCGGAGUCUACAGUUCCCUAGAGCCCUCCCCCUCCCCGACGUUAGCACUUGACGCUCUCCGAGCGAGUUCAGCCGAAUGGAAAAAGGUAAAAAGUCACCGCCGUUUCACCCGGCAACACAUUAGCUGUAUUUGAGGAUGGAUUCCGAAGCAGCGACCCAUUCAGCAGGUACAGCCAGCAGCAGCAGACCGUCUGCGGACCCAUUGCUGCCCGUGCUGCCCAUUCUGGACCCCACUGUGCCCCUGGACAGGCAGCAAUGUGUCCUGAGGGCAACCAAAGAGGCCAGGGCCUUUCACAGGCCCAAAGGCUUCCAAGCCAGCGCCGGUCCCAAGGACCUUCAGACGGCUUGUGAUGAAGCAAAAAGGAGAUGCCGGCUCGUCACUACUACCAGGCCCUCAAGGAAGCUCUACCUUGGCCAGCUGGUUAUUCCCUUUGGGAAAUAUGCUGGCCAAAGCUUCAUGUGGCUGGUAGCGAAUGAUGUGGGCUACUUAAAAUAUCUGCUUGACCGCCAUAUUGCAGAGAGCCAGGACCCGGGCAGGACAGGAGGAACCAGGGAGAAUGACUGGGUGAAGGACUGUCUCCUCCGUUAUGUGGAGUUUUUCCCCUCAGUCUCCUGCCACCUGGAGAAAAAUGUGGACAGGGCCAUUUAUGGACAGGGUCGCUUUAAGUCCUUCACCUUUCAGGAGAUGUGGCAGUGGUACAGCCUGCACAAGUGCCUUAAUGCCGACCCUCAAGCUGGCAGUGCCCAAGAGAGGAAGAUGGCAGAGGAGGCUUUCUCUUCUGUUCGCCAGUGGCUUGGAAUGAAGGAGGAGGACAUCAGCUCCAAGUCACUGAAGUGCUUCAGGAGAUUUAUUCUCGACAAAGAGAAACAGAAAGCCCCUACUGCAGCUGUACCAUCUUCGUCCUUGUCUGGUCCUGUCCCAUCUGAAACAGUGGUUCCUCCGUCGGCAUCAGUGGUUCCUCCGUCAGCGUCAGCGUCUGCUUCAGUGGCCCCUCCGACAGCAACAUCCCUGUCACCUUGGCAGGAGGAUACAUUGUUUUCAGAGGCUCUCGCCACUUUUGAAGGACAAGCUGACACUGCCAUGGCCCCUCCACCAGACCCUCCACAGCAGCCACAGACAGACCCCGUUCCACCAUCGCAGGUGUCAUUUGAGGGCUGGCACAAACAGUGGGAGUCCGGCCCUCAAGGUCUCCCCAGUGCUGACGUCAAGUGGCUGAAGGAGGACGCUGACAGGGGGCUCUUUAAGAACCUCACCAUCGCUCGCAGGAAAAUUCUGAAGGAUGAUCGCAUGUGGUUCCAUCCACCAGAAAUUCCUGGAGUGGUGGUGGGGGGAGGAGUGCCCUCUGCAGACGCUUUUUUUUAGAAGCCGUGU